GUGUAUCUUACAACUAACAAGCUCUUCAGUAAAAGCGGGUGCAUUUCGGUGUUUCGGAUAACUUGCGAUCUAACCUUACUGCUUCAUUCGCAAAAAUGACUUGAUCAGCCAUAAACGGAUAUACUAAACUUACAAGCUUUGUCAGAGGUCUAAAAGUCACUCGAGUAGGCUAGAUAACAGCAAUCAACCAAUAACAACUUUGUGUGGUGAGGAAUCUACACCAAACAGGAACCAUUUGCAUAUAAAGACAACCUCAACACCUGCUGUCUUAUACUGAAACCACAUCAGCUUCAUCAAAGCUCAAGCAUGAGUAUCCAGUCCAUCAUCAACAAAGAGAUCUUUGCCCCCAGUGAUCAGAAGUUGUUGGUUUCCAUUGAGGUCAGAAGAAGGAACAAGAGAAAACUCCCAUUUCUAUCUGCAUCCCGCAAGGGGAAGUAUGCCACAUUUAUCUGCUUGUCAGCGACUAACAAGCUCCCUGCUCAGCUCUUCAUCACAAAGGUGAAGCAGUUUGAGGGCUCCCCUCGCUUCGCCAAGAGGUCCCAGUGGACUGUGGAGCAGCUCCGUCAGGUCAAUGGCAUCAACCCCAACAAAGAUUGCCCUGAGUUUGAUCUGGUCUUCGACCGCUCCUUCGACCAGUGGGUGGCUGGGUCUGAUGCCGAGAAGUGCAUGUUCAUCCAGGUCCUCUACCAUGCCUGUCAGAACAACUGGAUGUGCAAGGAAGGCCCAGCCAAUCCAGGUGAGGUCAGAGACCCACAGAAACCUGGGGGAUCAGAGGGCCGCAAGGGACCAGCCGUCCCACGGACAAACUUCAUCAACUGCCAGUCCAAACUGAUGGAAGAUGCCUGCUCGAUGAACAUGGUUAUCUACCGCUGUAAGAUCUUCCUGAACCGAAUGAAAUGCAGCAUGCUACCUCCUCCACGGCGUCGCCCUGCGGCUCAAGGGAAGUCAGCCGGGGUCAAAUCCAGGACACCGUCCCCAGCGCGGCCUGCUCGGAGUGGCAGCAUGAAAAAAGCCGUCCGCAGGGCUAGCCAGGCACUGGGCGAACGAGGGGACCGUCUGUUGCGCGCCGAGGACAAGACUGCCCACAUGAAGGACCGUGCCAGGCUCUUUUCUGACACUGCAAACAAGCUGGCUUUGAAGUACAGCUGCUGACAGGGAGAGUGUUGGAGAAGGGCUUACCAUUACACAUGCUGGCCAUCCUCUGUGUGUAUAAUUCUGUAAUAUCUACAAUAUCACUAAUUUUGGCUGUAGGAGUGGCUGUGCUCUGUAUUAUUUUAAUAUUUUCCUAGUGUGGCUGUCAACAGGCCGUGCAUGAACUGCUCCUCUUUGUGUCACUUGAAUCAGUGCAUCAGUGCAUAGAACUGUCCCCAGUAGGCAGCACAGACGACAAAGAGUGCCACCAUCACCCCCCAGCUAAAAGCAUGACUUCUCCUCAGCUGGCCAGAGCAAGAGGAGGAUCACAUGAUUUGCAGGAUUGUGACCACAAGGUGGCCUGAGACACUAGAUGGCGCCAGUGAGCCACAAUGCUCUUACUCUCUCUCCGGUGUUGGUUGAGGGAGUUUGUUUCCCACUAAAGGCAUGGGGACUUUUGAAUGAUCUUUUAAAGGGAAUACCAAAGGUUAUUAGACAAGCCAAAUGAUCUGUAUCUGAAAAAAGUAUGUUUAGGUCUAAAUUACCCUAAAAUCUGUUCUCUUUGGAUUAAUGCACGCUUGAAUGGUCCAAACAUGCACUGGUUUGGCAGUGUGUUGUUCAUGUAGAAAGGAGUACUGGUGUGACAACAGAGCUCUUGCAGGGACUAUAUUCCCAUCCAAUACAUGUUUACUAAAUAGUUAUUUGUGCUAUGAAUAGAUCAACUGAAGCAGGAACUGGAACACUUUACUUUAAAUGUGUGUGGUUAUUGGGUUGCUGUCUUGUUCUGCUUGUAGUUUGUGUGAGUUUUUUGGGAUGAAGGAGCAAUCUAGUGUGGUACGAGGGUUAAGCUGAUGUGAGUUUUGAAGUCAGGUAUUAUCUUUGGGUUAUUUAAUUUCACGAGGACAUAUGAUGACACAGUGGUGUAGGUCACAACAGCAAUAUAUAUAUAUAUAUAUAUAUAUAUAUAUAUACCUAUAGUUUCUCUGCAUUCUAGGACUUUCUUCAAUUUGUCCCAUUCAUUUAGACUCUUUGCCAGACUUUUGCCAGUGUAUGAUUGACCAUAUGAAUAGGGAGGGCCUGAAAGCUUUGUAUGUGCAGUAUCUCUUAACAACUGUCAUUUAUACGAGAACAUUGGCCUCUUCACACAGUAAUGUAUUGCCUUGUCAUAAGGCCCUUGUGAUGGCUCUAACAUACUGCGUGUCUAAUGCGUUUUUAGAAGAAGUUAAUUUUGUAUUGUGUGUAUACAGUAAGCCUUUUUAAGGAGCUUAUAUGUGGCCAGUGGCUCGUGCAUGCUCAUUGGGUUAUACUCACACUGUCAUGCUUUGACAAGGCCUUUUAUCUUUUAUUUUUUAAUGUAUUUUUAAACAUCUGCUGACAUAAUGUGAAUGUCUAUAUGAUGUCAUUACUACAUUCAGUUUUUAUAUGUUGGUCCCAUUUCAAAGAGGUGAGUGGUAGCAUGAAGGAAGGUCGGGUUUGUGGUUAUUAAAGUGUGUCUAUAGGUGACAGAAAGUACGCGAGUGUAGCCCAGGUGGUGAAAUGUGUGGAUAGGAACUGUGAGCUGAAGUCGAAACAUGUAUGCGGUCCUUGUCACUUCAGUGUUUUCACCUACUAGCACGACAUGUGUUUGUCACUUCAAAUGUCAGUCCACUGUGUGUUUGUGUGUGUGUGUGUGUGUGUUCAGUGAGUCUUCUGACUGAAAGUACCCAGCUGUGCCUGGUGGCUUAACCUCUUUUGUGUUAAAGAGAAGCCUGUGUAUACUCUCUGCUACAAAUGAUACACUGAACAAAUGUCUAAAUCUCUGUUCAUUUUUUUCUGUAUAGUCACUUUUUCAGUUCAUGUUUUACAGUAACUGAUUAUGUUUCUUGUCACUCUGACAACCUAAGCCUAUUGUAUUACAAUGUACACCAAUUAUGUUCACUGAUGUAUUUGUUUGUGAUUGACAGUGGAAGUGACCAAUUACAGCUAAGAAGCUAGAAGCUGUUUUCAAUUGUUAAUGAAAUAUGCUGGUGAGAGUCAAGCCAUGCACAGUGAACUUUUUGACCUUCCCUGUCUUAGUCUGUAUUCAUUAUGAGUUUGGCUACAGUUUUGUAUUUCUUGUACUUGUAUUUGUUACUACUAAAGCUGUUAACACUCCUCUUUCUGUGAAGUAAAUGAAACGGGACCCA